CGCGAUGGAGAAGAAAGCGUGGGGAGUGCGAAGCGGGAGCGACGAUGGGGAAGCCCAAGAGCAAGCGCAGGCGGAACGAGUCCGACUCCGACGAAGACGAAACCUUCUACUACCGGUACGCCUCAGCUCCUCCUCCGCCUCCUCAGCCGUCAACCUCCAACCUCACCGCCGCUCACGGCCGAGGGAACCCAAAUUCCACAAAUUCCGGUGGCGGCGGCGGCUCCGGCGGCCUCGUCCCCUCCAAGUCGACCCUCUACGUCUCCAACCUCGACUUCUCCCUCACCAACUCCGACCUCCACACCCUCUUCUCCACCUUCGGCAAGAUCGCACGCGUUACCGUGCUCAAGGACCGCGCCACCCGCCGCAGCCGCGGCGUCGCCUUCGUCCAGUUCAUCGCGCAGCCCGACGCCCAGCGGGCCGCCGCCGAGAUGCAUGGCAAGAUCCUCAACGGCCGCAAGGUCGCCGCGUCGAUCGCGGUCGACAACGGCCGGGCGACGGAGUUCAUCAGGAAGAGGGUUUACAAGGACAAGAGCAGGUGCUACGAGUGCGGAGGGGACGGGCACCUGUCGUACGAGUGCCCGAAGAAUGUCCUGGGGCCGAGAGAGAGGCCCGCCCCGAAGAAGGGGAGGAGAGGCGGCGGGGGGAGGGAGGAGUGGACCGGCGGCGGCGGCGGCGGCGGCGGCGGUGAAGAUGAUGAGGGGGAGGCAUUCGAGGAGGAGAAUUGGGCCUCGGUGGUGGACGACGGCGCGGACGAGAGAUUGCUGACGAGAGAGAGAGAGGAGAGAGAAAGAGUGAAGGAGAGGAGGGAGAAAAAGGUGAGCUAUUUCAGUGACGAGAGUGAUGAGGAGGAUGAUUGAAUUUGAAGAGAGUGAGGCCUUGGCUUUUGCUUGGAUUUUGCAGAGAAGUAAGACCUUGUUCUUGGAGGUGCUUCCUUAAUCCUUCUAUCUUGAAGGGGUCUUGCCUGAAAAUAGUCUGGUAAAACAUUCUUGGAUUUUGGAUGAUGCGGCCAGAUGGAAAAAGGGAGAUUUGCUAGAGAAUGGAUGCUUGUGCAGGACAUUUGGGAGAUGAAAUUAGUUGUGUUCUUUUUAAGUGGAAAAAGGGGAAAGCCCAGUUCCUUUUCAUUUGUAUGCUAUUGUUUGUGGUUUUUCAUCGUUAACUUUAGUGCGCAGAUUAUUAUAUAGAAUUAGAAGAAAUUUUUUGUUGAGUUGUUGUCAACCAUCUGAAUUCAGACACAUUGUGAUUACAGAGCAAUCUGCCAGAUAAUGUGAGGCAAGAAAAGUGUUGAAAUCUUCAAAGUCAAAAGCACUUGAGACAGACUACAUGUUGGCUUUAGACUUCUUAUGACUUGUGAGAAAAGCAAUUCCUGCUGU